AUGGUAGCCAGCAUGGAGCCCACCAGGGCAGAAAUCAUUCGAGGCGUCCCUGUGCACUGCGCGUUGCGGGGAUGUGGGCAGGCGAUGCGUGGGAAGCAGCGUGGACUGUACAAAUUCAGCCGUGCCACAGCAGACAUCGACGAGUUUUGGUCCCACAGCUGGCACACAUCGGCCUGGAUGAAGUUUUUCACGGCGUGGUAUUUGAACUGUGGUGUCAUCGCGGCUGCCUUCGGUAUGGUGGGUGCCGCCCCGGGCUGCAUCCUACACGCCGUGGGGGCCUUGCCUGCCACCGUUGACAACAGUUUCUGCAAGUCGCAGUGGAGUGUUUUGAUUGGGGUGACCUUCUACUGUCUGUCCUUCAUGUUUUGGCGGGUGAGGAAGCUGGUGUUCUUGGACUUUCUCUGCAUAAACCAAGAGGACGAAGGCUUGAAGGCCGAGGCCAUGCUCAGCAUCGGCGCAAUCUUGAAGAGCUCAGCAUCAAUGAGAUUCUGGUGCGUGUUCGAGCUAGCAUCGUUUCUUCGCAGCCGACUGAAAGAAGAGCAUCUGAGUAUUCGACCAAACCUCAUGGGACCGGUUUUGCUCAUCGGAAAGGCUGGCCUGAUGGUGUUACUUGUUGCGUGGCCGCACUUGUUGCAAGUGUUUGCGGGUAGCGAUGAGAUCAUGGGAUCGACGCUAUCGCUAUCGGCAGGCCUCUUGCCGUGUUUCCUUUGUCUUGUCUACGUUGGCCGCCGCUUCUGUUGCAGCCUGGACACCCUACAGCAGCAACUCGGCAAGUUCCAAGUCAACGAUGCGAAGUGCUAUUGCUUCACUGUGAACCACGUGGACGAUAAGACCGGCGAGCGCAUUCUUUGCGACCGUGACAUCAUGAUGAAAUGCAUCGGAAUCUGGUUUGGAAGCGCGACUGACUUCGAGCACUUGGUGCGGGGACAUGUCAGGACAACACUGCUUCGAGAGCUCACCAACCCUUUUAUCUGUACCGGCAAAUCGUCAUGGCCUCUAGUCCUGUGA